AUGCGGGUAGCGACAGCGUUGCUUAUGCUUGCUGGACUUGUUGCAGCGGGAGAGUUUGAGAGAAUCGGGCAGCAAGCUCUCUUGGACUUCAAUCAGCAGAGAUUUUCAGCCGCUCUCCGCGGCUUCCAGGAGCUGAAGAAACUUCAGCCGAGAAACCAUGAGAUCUUCAUCGCCAUCGCGCAGACACAUCAAGCCAUGGGCAACGUCCAGGCAGCGCUGGAUGAGCUGCAGGCGGCGGUAGCGGCUAUCGGGCACCUCCAUCCUCAAGUGUGGGAGGUCUACCUCAAGAUCGGAGAUUUGCUCAAAGGAGCCGGUGACUUCACACAAGCUCUGCGCGCAUACGAUGCCGCGCUGGAAGUUUCACCCAAUCAGGCAUCUGUAUUUCAACAAAGAGGGGUUCUGAAUCAAGAGCUCGAUGCCUACGAGCAAGCUGAGAAGGGCUCCCCCGGCUUUCUUCUUUCUAAUUUCAAACCUUGGUCAGGCUGGAGCGGCUUGGGGAUCGCUUGGAUGUACCUCGAACACGUGCUCCCUGACGGCAAACCCGAGGAAUACGACAGUUAUGAUGAAGGCUCGAUAUUCGCCCUGAGGAGAGUCAUGGAGCUGCAGCCCAAGGACAUGGUCACGCUCUCAAACCUCGUGAUGGCGGAGAAUCGCGUGUGCGAUUGGUCGUUGAGGGAUGUGCAUCUGAAGGCGAUGAAACAAGCGCUGCGAGAAAGAGCGUCGAGAAAAGAGAACUUUGCUCCUCCUUUCCACGCCAUCGAGUUUGGCUACUCGCCCAAGGAGCUUCUCGUCAACAGCAAGUGGGCAGCUGCUGGAGUGAACAUUGUCUGCUAUGCGCUUUCCAGCGAUGACAGCUCAAAAGAAAGUGAGGACGACAUUAUCCUCGCCUCUUUCAAUCAGCUCUACAAGAUCGAGCCAAAGAUCUUCAACGUGUGGAUGGAAGUCAUGAGGCAGGUCCCUAAGUCGAAACUUUGGCUCCUCAAGUUUUCCAAGGCUGCAAGCAAAUAUUUGCUCAAGGAAGCAGCUGCGGCAGGGGUGAAGGAAGAUCGGCUCGUAUUUCAUUCCAAAUUCCCUAAAGAUAUUGAGCUGCUGGCUAAGAGUCACGCGGAUCUUUUUCUCGACACGCCGCUUUUCAACGCGCACACGACUGGGGGUGACGUGCUGUGGGCUGGGAUCCCCAUGCUCAGCCUUCCCGGAGAGAACUUCGCUCAGAGGGUGGCGGGCGGUUUGAUCCGCUCGGUGCGAAUGAGUAACGUCUCGCUUGUCAGAAACUUAGACGACUAUGCGCAUGUUGCGACCAAGUUAUGCCGCAAGACGAAGGAGAUGAGGGAGAUGAAGAGACUGCUAGGAAGAGAACGAGAGCGGUUGCCGCUCUUUGCCACCAGUCUCCUUACUUCUCAUGUCGAGACCAGCAUGAAGAUGAUGUGGGAGGUGCACGCAUGCGGCAGCAAACCUCGUCACAUCAUAGUCGCUGAAAGGUUCUGAAACAAGGGGAUCGAAUCGUAUGCAAGGAUUUAAAACAAGUCCUGACACG